AUGGCAAGCCUCACAGAGGUCGACUCCGAAGCCGGCUUCGAGCAAAUCAUCAAAACCGCCUCGCCCACCACCCUCUUCGUCUUAUACUUCCACACACCCUGGGCGGCGCCAUGCGCACAGAUGAACACGAUCCUCACGACCCUCGCCUCCACAUACCCAGCCGACUCGGACAUUCGGUUUCUGUCCAUCAACGCCGAAGAACUCGCCGACGUCUCCGAGUCAUACGAUGUGACGGCCGUGCCGUUCCUGGUGCUACAACGGGACGGAAAGGUGUUGGAGACGGUCAGCGGCAGCGACGCCGCCAAGGUUCGCGCCGUGGUUGAGAAAUAUGCUGGUGCUGGCCGGACCGGGACCGGUGGUGGGAUCCCGCCGCAGCUACAGGCCACUGCGCCGCCGCAGGCGAAUGGCAAUGCUGAUGCUACGAAACAACAAUCCUCGAUGACGACGGCGACGUCCGGAGCAGAUGUCCAGCAGUCCCAGGACGAGUUGAAUGAGAGAUUGGCGAAGUUGGUUAAAGCUGCACCAGUUAUGCUCUUUAUGAAAGGAACGCCGAGUGCUCCGCAGUGCGGGUUCAGUCGACAGCUCGUCAGCAUCCUGCGAGAGAAUCAAGUUAAAUACGGGUUCUUCAACAUCCUAGCCGAUAACGAUGUCCGCGAAGGUCUAAAGGUCUUUUCGGAUUGGCCCACUUUCCCACAACUGUAUACAAACGGCGAACUGGUCGGUGGUUUGGAUAUUGUCCGAGAAGAGUUGGAAGCCGAUCCGGACUUUUUCAAACCGUUUGCCGCGCCCGCUCCUAGCUCUUAG